ACAGGCACUGAAUUUCUGUUUCAAAAUUUUAAUGCAAAUGGCAGUUGAACAGAAAAUUGAUGUCUUCAUUGCGGACAGUUACGUCACGGUCACCUGGUUGCCCCCAAUGUCUGCAGAUGCCAUGGAUCACCUCCCUGGAUAUAGCCGAGGCCAUCUCUCAUGGUGGUAAAUGGAGGGAAUUUAUUCUUGAUGACAUAAGGGGCAUUCCCAAACAGAUGUCCUCCAGUACCUGUGGGAUGUACAUCCUUAUGUAUGCCAUGUACCUACUCUUUGGGAUGCCCUUUGACUUCACAGAGAUUGACAUGGACAGAGCUCGAAGAUGGUGGGCUGUGCAGACUCUUACCAACUUCCCAGGGAGAGAAGCCUGGGAAAGGGAAAGGGAUAGGGCAGUGGAUCCUUUCCCCAGCAAAAGACCACGUCUUGAGACCCAGACUCUGAGAAGUGUGGCUGUCGCUGCAACUUGGGUGCAAGACAACAUGCCUGCUUUCCGUGGUCAUGUGGAUUUCCCCCCCAUGGUGAGCAUGGAUAAGGAUCAGCGGUAUGAGGCUUUGGACCAGCUGUAUACCUCAGAUGACCAGGACUGCCGCGUCUUCACAUUUCAACUAAAACAAGACUAUGAAUAUUUCAUAGACAAUUUUGACACGAAAUAUAAACUUGGUCACGCUCUUAGAUUUCUCGAGAGGCCGGCGUGCACAGAGGCACCCACACCCCUCCCCUUGGGUGUGGACACCAGCCCCUCUCACACUAACCUCUCACACUAAAAGUAACCAAGUACCACCCCUGUUAUUUGUCUUUGUAUAAAACAUUGCUUGUUUAUAAAGCGUAAUUGACUACACACACUGCACUGCCUGCAAGAUGGGGCCCUAUGUGUGUAGGGAAGUGGUAAAGUGUGAAGGUGCACAAGAUUGGUGUGUUAUGUUGUGGAUUGGUGAAUGCAAUUCAAUGUGGAAAGCAGAGUCAAAUCCAUAGAGGUAGUGUCAAGUGAUGCAUGACAAUUUUGACACGAAAUAUAGACUUGG